GCACGGAACAUUAGAUCCGUGAAAAGGAACAGACAACAAUAUCACUUUGACACCACAGCGUCAUUUACAGUCUUAAGACGGCACCACCACUUCCCCCCGUAUGUAACCGCUAUCAACCCACCGUCCUCCUCCGUUGCGUCUACCCGAAGCCUUUUCUCUCUCAUCUCUCAUCCCAUAUCCUCCUAAAGCCUCCACCUUGCAAAACCGUCUCUGCAAAGAACUCCAUUGAUUUCCAUCUUCUUCAAAUCAGAUUCAAUCUUAGAGACCUACUUGAAUGGCGGAAAAUGAUUCAGAAGCAAUCAUUUAUCUUCAUGGAGACCUCGAUCUGACAAUUCUCGAAGCUCGAUGUUUACCAAACAUGGACAUGGUGUCGGAGCGCCUCCGUCGCUGCUUCGCCCCCUUCGAUGACUGUCGGAAACCAUUCUCCAACGACCAACGGCAAAGCCGUCGCCGCUCCCACAAGAUCAUCACCAGUGACCCUUACGUCAAAGUGUGUCUCGCCGGAGCAACGGUGGCUCGGACGCGUGUCAUUGCCAAUUCUCAAAAUCCUGCCUGGAACGAACACUUCAAACUCCCUUUGGCUCAUCCCGCAUCGCAAAUCAUGUUCGAAGUUAAAGACAACGACAUGUUUGGCGCUGAUUCCAUCGGAGUCGCCAAAGUCUCCGCUCAGAAAAUAAAAUCAGGCGAGCUUAUUGACGAUUGGUUUCCGGUAAUCGGACAGUCCAAUAAACCGCCAAAGCCCGACUGCGCGAUCCAUUUACAGAUGAAAUUCACACGAUGCGAAGAAAAUCCGGUGUACCGGCAAGGCAUUGGGGCUGAUGUGGAUCAGUUUGGACUAAAAGAGAGUUAUUUUCCGGUUAGACAUGGAGGCUCAGUUACACUGUAUCAGGAUGCCCAUGUUCCUGAUGGUAUGCUUCCGGAGAUUGAAUUGGAUGAGAAAAGAGUGUUUAGGCAUGAGAAUUGUUGGGAAGAUAUAUGUCAUGCUAUACUAGAGGCUCAUCAUUUGGUGUAUAUAGUUGGGUGGUCUAUCUAUCAUAAAGUGAAGCUGGUUAGAGAACAGAGUAAACCGUUGCCUAGCGGUGGGGAUUUGAAUUUGGGGGAUUUGCUCAAGUAUAAAUCACAGGAAGGGGUGCGAGUCUUGUUGUUGGUUUGGGACGAUAAGACUUCUCACAACAAGUUCUACAUUAAAACGGACGGAGUGAUGCAAACUCAUGAUGAAGAAACUCGGAAGUUCUUCAAGCACUCAUCUGUCACUUGUGUGUUGGCGCCUCGAUAUGCAAGCAGUAAACUUAGCAUUUUCAAGCAACAGGUUGUUGGAACACUAUAUACACACCAUCAGAAGUGUGUGCUUGUGGAUACACAAGCCUAUGGAAAUAACCGAAAGAUAUCUGCUUUUAUUGGUGGUCUAGACCUAUGUGAUGGACGCUACGAUACACCUGAGCAUCGACUAUUUCGUGACUUGAACACUGUCUUUCAGGAUGAUUAUCAUAAUCCAACAUUCUCUGCAGGAACAAAGGGUCCAAGACAACCAUGGCAUGAUCUACAUUGCAAAAUUGAAGGUCCUGCUGCGUAUGAUGUGCUCACAAACUUUGAGCAGAGGUGGAGAAAAGCCACAAAAUGGUCAGAGUUUGGACUACGUUUCAAACGUGUAACACAUUGGCAUGAUGACGCUCUACUUAAGAUAGAGCGCAUUUCAUGGAUACUUAGUCCUUCUCCAUCUAUUCCAACAGAUGAUCCCUUACUGUGGGUUUCCAAGGAAGACAAUCCUGAAAACUGGCAUGUUCAGGUUUUCCGAUCUAUUGAUUCAGGCUCUUUGAAAGGAUUUCCCAAGGAUGUUCAAUCAACUGAGGCUCAGCACCUAGUCUGUGCAAAAAAUCUGGUGAUUGAUAUGAGCAUUCAAAAAGCAUACAUUCAUGCUAUAAGAUCCGCCCAACACUUCAUAUAUAUUGAGAAUCAGUAUUUUCUGGGGUCAUCGUAUGCGUGGCCUUCCUAUAAAAAUGCAGGAGCUGAUAAUCUAAUCCCGAUAGAGCUGGCAUUAAAGAUUGCUAGUAAGAUUAGAGCAAAGGAGAGAUUUGCAGUUUAUGUUGUCAUCCCAAUGUGGCCUGAGGGCGUCCCAACUUCUGCCACUGUGCAGGAAAUUCUUUUCUGGCAGGUAAUAUGGCAUACAUAUUCUCAAUGUUUUUUUGUUGGUACACAUAAGACUGCUACCAGUGCAGUGUGGCUGGCUGGGUGCUUUUCUGAGGCAGUACAAGCUGAAUACAUCCGAUAUGAGUCUGAAAAAGUUAAAAUAUAUCUCGUUCUGAUUUUCUGCUGUAGCAGGGUAGUGUGAUUGUAGUUUUUUGAUAGUGCUUUUUCAGAAUAAGCACUAACGAAGGAUUGAGGCUCUUUAGUUUGCUAGCACUAAUUUAUCGAAGUUUGGCCGGGUACACCGACUCUUUAAAUCAGUUCUAGCUAUGAUCACAAUUUCCGUACAGGUCGAAUAUCACAUUUCUAUAUGGGAAGCCGAAUUUUAUUCAUGUGAUAAUAGUAAAAUGUAGUAUAAGCUUAACUUUUGCAUGUUCCCUUUUGCAGGGACAAACAAUGCAAAUGAUGUAUGAAAUUAUUGCUAAAGAACUGAAAUCCGCGCAUAUUGAGAACUCACAUCCAAGUGACUACCUGAAUUUCUACUGUCUUGGUAAUCGGGAAGAAUGCCAUAAAGAAAAGUCCAAUUCAACCACUCAGCCUUCAACUAAUGGUGAUACGGUUUUAGCUUCACAAAAAUAUGGACGGUUUAUGAUAUAUGUACAUGCCAAGGGAAUCAUUGUGGAUGAUGAGUAUGUGAUAUUGGGGUCUGCCAAUAUUAACCAGAGAUCUAUGGCUGGUUCAAGAGAUACAGAGAUCGCUAUGGGUGCAUAUCAGCCCCAUCACGCAAGGGCUAAGAACGAAAAACAUCCACGUGGCCAAGUAUACGGAUAUAGAAUGUCACUGUGGGCAGAGCACUUAGGAACGCUUGAAGAUUGCUUCAAGCAGCCCGAAAGUUUAGUUUGUGUGGAUGGUGUGAACAAGAUUGCCCAAGAAAAUUGGAAGAGAUUCACAACUGAUGAAUUCACUUCAUUGCAAGGCCAUCUUCUCAAGUACCCGGUCGAAGUAGAUGCCGAUGGGAAGUUAAACCCCUUGCCUGGACAUGAAAAUUUCCCAGACGUUGGUGGCAAGGUGCUUGGUUGUCCGAGCGGUCUCCCAGAUGCUUUGACUACAUAGCCUCCACCAGGGUCUCGAACCACCUUCCCCGGCCCCUAGUGGCUUGACUCAUUCCCGUUUCAUAUGCCCAUAACUUUAUAUAAGUCUGCUUGGACACGAAGGAGGAACGGAAGAUGAUAAUAAUGUGCGGUGUGUGUAUCUUGUACUUUAAAAUUUCUUCUUGUAUGGUAUUCUUUUGGUUGGAAAUACAAAGCGCUGUAAGAAUUUUAAAAUUAAACUGAGAAUGUUGUAACGGUCACUUUGCCAACAAUGCCAGCUCCCUGUUGAGGUGAACAGUAGAAAGAGUAAGUAGUAAGUGCCCUUUAAAGUCAAGGUCAGCCCUUUAAAGUCAAGGUCACCGGGUGAAGAUCUCUCCAAACUCCAGCUGCAUUGAGGAGGUCCUCGUCGUUCAUGGAGAUCUUCAAUACGUCAAUGCCAGCCAGAGCUUCGUCCUUGUCGAAAAUAAUAUUGUGGGGGAAACCAGUAUUGUUCUUGAAGACAAUCUUCACUCCAGAAGCCACUGAAAAGCUGCCGGGAACGUAAGCUAGCUAGAGACCCGUCAUCACCACCCAGCAAUAUCUCAAUGGCCAUGGCAUAUUGCUGGCAAGCAUUGCCCUAGCAGCAGUGGCAACACAACUGCAACACCCACUUCUUUGAGUGAGGCCUUCAUGCCAAGCCAUGGGACCAGAGACGCAGCCACCUUAGCUGUGUGUGGUACUAACUCUUGAAGUGAUCGCACUGGCAUUCUUAAGGCCGGUGAAGGAUGGGAUGGCAACAGCAGCAGACACUAGCCAUUGAAAGAGUUCAGUAAUGCUAGUGCAUUUCAAUGUGUGCGUGUGUGGACCGAAAUCGAGAGGUGGUUUUUUUAUGGUAUAUUGUUUGGGUUUGUGGAGGGGUCAGUGAUAAGAUAAUGAAUUGCAUUGUAAGGAGGAUGGGUAGAGAAAUGGUUCUGUUUGUGAUGAAGAACAAAUAAUUAGUGCGAGACUAGGUUGAAUUACUUACACUAAUC